AUGGCUAACAAGCCAGACGAAGUCAGGGAAUCGCCACAGUAUGAUGGAGAGCAAGCAAAACCUACAUACUCCGAUGGCAGCGAGCUCAUUUCGCUUGGUGAUAUUGACCAAGCUUUAGCUGCUAAGAUGUACCUUGUCAAUGAUGCAAUUGACAUGAUUGGUUUCACAUCAUAUCAUACAAAACUAUUUUUUCUCAAUGGCUUUGGUUAUGGAGUCGACUCACUUUUGCUUUUCCUCAUGAGUAUAUCCGCCGAUCAAGUCGUGGCACAAUACCCUCCGAAGUUUAAGCGAGGUGCACAAUUGGGCUUUUAUCUUGCCUUACUAGUUGGUGCACUAUUCUGGGGCAGCACAGCAGACAUAAUUGGCCGAAAAUGGGCCUUCAACUUCUCACUUCUGAUUAGCGCCAUCUUCGCCAUUACGGCUGGCGCAGCUCCAAAUUACCCGGGAUGGGCAACCAUGGUUGCCUUGUCAGCUUUUGGGUCAGGAGGAAAUCUAGUACUAGACACCACUGUCUUCCUAGAGUAUCUUCCAUCCAACAAGCAAUGGCUACUUACACUGUUAGCAGGUUGGUGGGGAGUUGGCCAGACUGUGGCUGGUCUGGUUGCCUGGGGUUAUAUGGCCAAAUAUAGUUGUCCAACUGAUGGAUCUGUCCCUUGCACAAAUGCUAACAACAUGGGAUGGAGAUAUUUGUUUUACACAUGCGGAGCCCUUGUUUUCAUUUUAAGCAUUGCUCGAGUACUGGUUAUUCGAUUCCAUGAGACACCAAAAUUUUUGCUUUGUCAAGGCCGAGAUGAAGAAGUGAUCAAAACACUUCAGGAUCUCGCUAACAAACAUGAUCGAGUGUGUCAUCUGACAUUGGAUCAACUCCAAGCGCAUGGCCAGAUUCAUAGCUCUCACGCUCAGAAUAAAGCAUCGUUCUCUGAACUAGCUGUCCAUGUACGAGGUCUCUUUGUCACAAAGACUCUAGCCUUAUCCACAUCCCUUGUUUGGCUCUCAUGGGCUUUGAUUGGAUUGGGCUAUGCGCUAUAUUACGUUUACCUGCCAGAAUAUCUAGCUUCACGAGGCUCUUCUGGAGCGAAUUCCGUCGAUAUUACCUGGCGUAAUUAUGCAAUUACCAAUCUGUGUGCGAUACCAGGUCCCAUUAUAGCAGGAUUUAUGUGUGAAAUGCCAAUGUUUGGACGAAAGAGAACGAUGUCUAUUGGUGCAAUCAUUACUAUGGUAUUUUUCUUUGGAUAUACGGCUGUCAAAACAGAUGCCCAAAAUUUGGGCUUUUCAUGUGCGAUCUCAGUCUCGAUUAACAUCUAUUAUGCGACUCUAUAUGCCUACACGGUGGAGGUUCUGCCAUCUGCACAUCGCGGCACAGGAAAUGGCAUUGCCGUUGCACUGAAUCGAUUGAUGGGGAUGGUUUCAGCUCUUAUUGGCGCCUUUACUUCCACAUCCACCUCAGUGCCAAUCUAUGUGUGCGCGGCUCUGCUUGGCAUGGGUGGCAUUCUUGCUGCUCUAUUUCCUUUCGAGACUCGCGGGAAGAAGAGCAUUUAG